UACAACCCCACCUCCUCUCUACCCGUUUGUCUCUCGCUCUCUCCACCCCAUCUGGGGCGGCGUGGAAUCCUGCCUGCAUUUAAUUGCAGAGUGGCAGCCAGGCGCAAGAUCUGAGGGAAAGAUCGGGAAUCACAUGGAGCCGCCGCGUCUGUCAACGCUUUACGAGCCCCGACCCUGAGAGAGCGCGAGAGAAAGGUGUAGAGAGGAAGUGUUAGGAGUUUGAGAAAGUGUGAGUUGAGUCAGACGGGAAAUUCUUCAACGCAGUGGGAAAAACAGAGCUUGGAAGAAGGGUUUUAAGAAAGUUAUAGCGGAGGAGAAAGAGUGAAGUAAGGAAGAGGGAUACAGGAAAGCCUGCAAGUGAGCACAAGAAUUAGAAGGAGAGUUGGAGAGGGAGAAAAAAGAACAGGAGGGAGGGAGAAGUUAAGAGGCCCACCGUUGAAGAAAGGGCAACAAGCUGCGUUCGAGAAGAACAAGAAGGAGAAGUAGGAAAACGAGGGUAAGCUGGAGUAAGAGGAAGGAAGGGGGAGGUGAUUCAGAAGGAGAAUAAAAAGUUGAAGAGGGGAAGUCAAAGUGAGAGACAGCAUGUGUGAGAAAUGAGUAGGCUAGAGUUGCGCAGAUGAGAAAAGCAGGCGUUGUGGAUGGCCUAGGUGGAGAUACGACGAGAAUAAAAACCAGUUAUUUUGGACAGGCGGUUUUCAGACUGGUAUGCACUCUGAGAACACGGCAGCAAGACAUUCAUUCCAACCAGCUUCCUGUCACCUUUGCUUGCAGAAGGGGCCCCAACACAUACGGGGCCCCGCGAACGGAUCAUGUCUGCGCAUGGAGCCUGGCGUAGCUCAGCGGACAGCCCCAUUCCUGAAGAAGAUGGUGAUUGCUGACGACAGGUCGAAGAGGACAGGAACUCGCGGCAUGUCUCCGCCACACCAGGUUUACGUCGAGGACAUUCGGCAUCCAUGCUACUCCUGGUGGGACUGGCCGCUGGACUCUGCGCACACCUCUUGCGCGAGUGUGCGUGAGAUACGGCGAGAAUGCGGGUGCGUCCAACGGUGGUAUUACCCGGAGUUGCCGCCGCACCAAUUCAUUGGAAGCCAUGUUCCGCCAUGCCUGAAGGUCAGAGGUCAAUGCAGGGACGACAUUAAGUUAUCCACAUACAAUGGACAUUGUCCAAGGAGACAAGUGUCUUUCAAGCAUCCCAACGAGCGCCAUGGUUUUCCUGAGACCAGUAGACAAUCGAGACCAGAUAAGGCUCACUAUAACGGACCAAACUCUGGUCAGGCAGCUUUUUUCCAAACAGAGGUGCCCCCAAGCAAACUAGGGCGCUCCAGGUCUCAUGGGCCCACGCUGAAGAUAAACAGACCAGAGCGGGAAACAGGGACAUCUGAGGUGGGCGGAGGUCUGGAGAACCAUGGCAACCAGAGGAAAAGCCAAGGAACAGUACGAGAACAGAUCAAGCAAGUGGUUACCGAGCUCGAGAACGUGCUGGGUGGUCUCAAACAGGUCCAGUUGGAGAUGAAAGAGGUAGUCGACCAGAUUGACAUUCUGACGUCCAACAUUGACCUUAGUGAAGGGGAAUCAAGUCCAUCCAAUGGACUCCACAGCAAUCGGAAUAGUGCUGUGGCUUUAGUUCACAACUCAAAUACUGAACAGGAAGUAUCGCAGAGGAAUGGAGUGCAAAAUGAUACUAAAACAAGGACUUCCUGUUCCUCUAUCACACACAGCCCUGUUUCUGUGGAUGUAGUUCACACUAACAGUCCUACGCCAAUGAGAAACCACGUGAAUCUGUCCCCUUGUCAGCAGCGAUUGGCUACCGUUGAGGAUAAAGACAGGAAUGUUGGUAAACAGAUCUCAGAAAUGCAAAGGAUAAAGAGCACGUCCAACGGCACCUGCCUUCCACACAGAACAGAUAAAGUCAAACCCGAAAAUCACAAAGGGCAACUGGAAAACCACAGACCUCCUUCAAAUAAAACCCAACGACCUCCACCGUACCCCCAGAAUGGACAGGUCAAAAUAAGAACACCUCCCUACCCAGGAAAGCCCAAAUCGCUCUCCUCCACCAUAGUUUAAAUGGACGAAACUAAGUUGUAUGCAUGGAAAUCCUACCAUUAGUCAAGGCAAAUACAUCCAUAGAGAAACACAUAUAGACUCACAAAUAUACAGAAAUAUCCUCCAAUACAGGAACAAAUAUAUUUUCGUUCACAAGGGACUUAUCCUGAAUGCGAAUUGGUGAUGAACUCAGGGGACGGAUGCCACACUACUCAUCUGACUCACAAUGGAGGAGAGAACUCCAGGGACACUGGCUGUAUUUCCCAUGGAAAACUCCAGACAAACAAACAAACAAACAAACAGCUUAAACCAGCCUAAGGUUUUUAUUUAUGAGCAGGGUCUCUUUCUCUCUAGCUGCACUGUAUAAGUGUUUUGGAACAAGUUGCUCUUCCUGACAAAACCUGUGACCUUAUAUCAGCAUCCUUUAAAGCUAGCGCAACCGAGGAAUAAGCUGCUCCUAUAUUGGGAAAAAUAAGACUUUGUAACAGAGCUUGGAGCUCUCAGAUAUAUGCAAACUAUCAGUUGAGAUUUAUAUGAAGAAGAAGUGUUUUAACAUUACUUAAAAGUGUUGUUAUUAUUAUUAUUACUAUUAUUGAUCAGACCAAAGAUUGAUUUGUGAUGAUUUCUGUUCAGGGAGGUUGAAGGAUCAAUAAUUCUGCUAAGCUAAUGCUAACUCAUAAACCCACUUCAGACUGUAUAUACAGUGUAUUUUAUUUCAAGUGGAUGAACACUAACAGUAUGCAGCUGUGGACGGAUUAUUUAAGCAGUAUUUAAAGCCAGUAUAAGCCAUUUUAAUGAACUGUUCUGGUCAUUUAGAGGCAUUUUCACCUUGUGGCCAAUAGAGGGCACUUCAGACCACAGAUAAACCAAAAGGUAAACAAUGACAAAUGAAUGUCUUCUAACUGUGUACAGCUCAUGUGAAAUAAAACAUUAA